GGAUAAACGCUCUUUGGGUGACGUCACUUCCGGCGUGGGCUAACGGGAGAUAAGCGCAUAUUUACGCAGCCCUCGGAAGAUAACCCGCCGACACUUCACUGUGAUAUGUGGUAAUAUAUAUACAUAUAUGUAUAUAUCCCACAACCGGGAGGGCGGCGUUGUUGACUUUGGCGUGUUUUUGUCCCGGCGACCCGCCAAAAGACACGUCAGCGUCUCUCCGUGCGAUGCUAGCAGCUGUUAGCUCGUUAGCUAGCGCCCGUUAGCCUGCUCGCUAGCUCCCGCGCCUUCUUCUGCGGCAGAGGGCGUCAUGGCGGAUGGCAUCAUGAGCAAGGCCGCCACCAUGGAGAUCCCCAUCAACAGCAACGGCAACACGGGGAGGCUGUCUGAGGACGACGGCCUGGAACAGGACCUGCAGCAGGUGAUGGUGUCGGGUCCAAACCUCAACGAGACCAGCAUCGUGUCCGGGGGCUACGGAGGCACAACAGAGGGAAUCAUCCCCACCGGCUCCAUCAAAGGCCCGGCUGUGUGCUACAACGCCCACUUUAACAAACGGAUCCUCGUCACAGGACUAGGUCCCAGCAUGCAUCACAGCAGCAGCAGCUCCUCCAUGACCGCGGAAGAUGCAGGCCGAGGCGUGGCGGUGGAGAAGCUGGAAACGGUGAAGAAGUGGGGUCUCAACACCUACAAGUGCACCAAGCAGAUGAUCUCGGAGCGUUUUGGCCGCGGGUCGCGGACGGUGGACCUGGAGCUGGAAGCCCAGAUCGAGCUGCUGAGAGACACCAAGCGCAAAUACGAGAACGUGCUGCGACUGUCCCGAGCGCUGACCAAUCACUUCUACAACAUGGUGCAGACGCAGCACGCCCUGGGAGACACCUUCGCCGACCUCAGCCAGAAGUCUCCUGAGCUGCGGGAUGAGUUUGGCUACAACGCGGAGACCCAGAAGCUCCUUUGCAAGAACGGUGAGACUCUCCUGGGCGCCAUCAACUUCUUUGUUUCCAGCAUUAACACGCUGGUCAACAAGACCAUGGAGGACACCCUCAUGACCAUCAAGAUGUACGAAAACGCCAGGUUGGAGUACGACGCCUACCGGUCGGACCUGGAGGAGCUGAGCCUGGGCCCCAGGGACGCGGCGGGUGUGGCCCGAAUAGAUGCGGCGCAGCAGCACUGCCAAGUCCAGAAGGACAAGUACGAACGACUCCGCUCGGACGUCACCAUCAAACUCAAGUUCCUGGAGGAGAACAAGGUGAAGGUGAUGCACAAGCAGCUCCUGCUCUUCCACAACGCCAUCUCCGCCUACUUUGCCGGCAACCAGCAGCAGCUGGAGCAGACGCUCAAGCAGUUCAGCAUCAAGCUGAAGCCCCCGGGGGCCGACAAGCCGUCCUGGCUGGAGGAGCAGUGAGACGGGAGCUGGAUGCUCCUCCUCCUCCUCCUCCUCCUCUUCCUCGCUCUGGUCACCCGCUGGCGGACGGAGACGCAAGCAAAGCCAGGGUCCAGUUUCUCUAACACUACGUUGCUGUUUGUCAUGUUUCCUGGACUCCUGCUGAUGCUACCACCUGGUGGCGCUCCAAUCAACUAGGCGCCGCAGAGGAAUGUCAAGACAUUUCAAGUCAAUGUACGUGAACAAUUCUUUUGUUGACUGAGCAGGAGACAUGACUAGCAAACCUUUGGCAAAGUGACUUGAAACCACUUUAUCUUAUGAUUUGAUAACGCUGUAAUAUUUAUAUUAGCUGAACACUAAUGAGUCAAUAUUUAGUUUGUCUGUCUCGGUAGAACCAUCACAGUCUAUUAUUAUCAUCCAGGUUCCCCCCACCCCCUUUUUAAAUCGAUUAAAAAAUCGGUGCAUUGUUUGUUGGGUGGGAGGCGAUUUCGGUUCAAACAGAUUUUCACAAUGUAUUGUUUGGUAUGAUAAUUAUAAUGAAACGUUUUCAAAAGCAGUUUCAAGGAGAUGGCCUAAAAAGACAUUUUUAAAAAUGUCAUUGAUCCUUGAAAAUUAUCAAUCGGGAUGAAUUAGAAUUGUUGUUUUUUUGUGCACCAGUAAUUGUGAAAUGCUGUUAAAAGAGCAGGAACUGAACUUAUCUCCACAACAUAUUUCUGUGUUUUCCACCACCAGGCUGCAUUCUUUUCUUCCAGCUUUGCCUCACAAACUAACUCACAGCGAUUCCAAUCUUCUAGAAAGUCAAGUACGUGUGAUGACCAGCGUGUUUUUUUUCUAUUCGGAGACAAAGGUGACGUCAAAGGUGCUUUUUGGCAGGCUGACAGAAGAGUUGAAGUGAAAGUGUGACCUCCUCCACACAGCAAUAAAUGUGACUGGUCUUCAUCUCUCAGACCUCCUUCAUCACAACAAUAAAUGUGACUGGUCUUCA